UUAACCUGGUAUUUCUGUUAAUCUUUUAUCAAACAGACCGAUUCAACCUGAGAAAAACUACUUUCCCUACAGCUAUCAAAAUACAAUGAAAAGCCAAAGGAUUUCAUUUUAAGUCAGCGACAAUGGAGUAGAGAUGAUGCGAGAAAAUGUCAUCAGAGUUGAUGUGGUAUAAGAAUUAUAACGGCAUUAUGAGAGAUUCGUCGAUAUGGUGAAACGAUGAAUCUAAUGAUAUGGCCCCUGUUUUCAUCACGUGGGGCGGCUAAACGUUCCUUUUCUCCAAUCCGUUGACUUAAAACAAAUAUAAUUUCACUGGUUUGUUUACACAUAGAUAAAGCAUCAGAGUAUAUUUCAACCCAGACUUGCCUUUCAUAUUGUGUUAAUUAUUUUUUUGUCUUGGUGAUAAACGAAGGUGAUGAAUGAUGGCUGAAGAACAGACAGAACCGUCCACUUCCGGUACACAGUCGUUAAACACGCACCCAACCUUAGAAACUCCGCCGAGUAUGAAAGACAAGGACCUCAGCGAUUUAGACAGCACAGACGAAGAAACACCCAACAAAGAUCAGACGAAUGAUAAUGACGACAAAAUAAAUAACACGGACACAACUGAUAAUAUUAUAGACAGUGAAAAAAACAAAAAUAAGAACGAUGAGAAAAAUAGUUCAGAGACGGUCUCUGUGGACAAAACCAACAACAGUUUAACAACUGAAAACAAUAAUGACCUGAAUGACACCGAAGACGACAACCAAAUAGAGGAUGAACCAGACACUCAAGCUUCAGAAAAGGAUCCGAAAUUAGAGGUUAUGGAAUUAGAAGAAAAGUCCAAAGACGUGGAAACGGCCACCCCAGCAGAUAUAAGCUAUCCUAUGACCAGGUUUCAGAUUUUAAAAAACCUAGCCGUAGUCAGUCUCGGUUUCUUUUGUCUUUUCACUGCUUUUAUUUCUAUAAGUAAUCUACAGACUAGUCUAAAUAUAGACGACGGAGUAGGGCCAGGUAGUUUAUCCAUUAUAUAUGGUGCCUUGGUUCUAUCUUGUAUGUUCUUACCGCCAUUUAUCAUUGCCCAUCUAGGAUGUAAAUGGACUAUUCCUCUUUCUAUGAUUGGAUAUGUUCUAUAUAUGGGAGCUAACAUGCACGCCAUCUGGGCUCUGAUGGCACCAGCCGCAGUUCUACUAGGACUAGGAGCAGCACCGUUGUGGUCAGCCAAAUGUACUUAUCUUACUCAGACUGGUGUUUGGUAUGCGCAAAUGACAGGACAAAGCAAAGACGCAGUCAUCAAUCGUUUCUUUGGCAUCUUUUUCAUGACUUUUCAAGCAAGUCAGAUCUCUGGUAACUUGGUUUCCUCCCUUGUCUUUAGUCAGAAUAACACCGACUUAAACUUAUCGAACGAUAUGUUACAGAGAUGUGGUGCCAACUUCGACCCCCGAAUACAUUCCAACAAUACUAACCUGGUCAGGCCUGAUGCUGACAGGGUUUAUAUUGUUUGUGGAGUAUAUUUAGGGUUUGCCGUUUUAGCUGCCAUCAUUGUUAUUUUGCUUCUUGAUAAAUUACCAAUAGAAAAAGACAAAGAUGCGAAACCGUCAUUCAGUCUGUUAAUUAGCACAUUUCGUCAUCUAGCAACAAGUCCAGCUCAAAUGUUGUUAAUACCUUUAACAGUAUAUAGUGGAGUGGAACAGGCUUUCUUUGCCGGCGAUUUUACCAGAUCGUAUGUGACCUGUUCAUUAGGAAUAUGGAAUGUUGGUUAUAUCGCUAUAUGUUAUGGUAUUGUAGAUGCAUUUUGUUGCUAUACAUUUGGACGUUUAGUGCAGUAUGUUGGACAUAUACCUUUCUUUAUUCUUGCUGCUAUUUUACAUGGUUGUGCACAGGUGGUGAUGUUACUAUGGACGCCUGAUCCCAGUGUAAUAUAUGUUUACUAUGUACUAGCAGCCCUAUGGGGAAUGGGAGAUGCCGUCAUUCAAACACAAAUAAAUGCAUUGUAUGGACUGCUGUUUACAGAUAAUACGGAAGCUGCUUUUGCCAAUUAUCGAUUAUGGGAAAGUGUUGGUUUUAUUUUUUCAUUUGCGUACAACGAUUAUAUUCCUACAUAUAUUAAAUUAUAUGUAUGUAUGGGUGCAUUGUCUGUUGGUAUGGCCGGAUAUAGUGCUGUAGAAUUCUUACAAAGAAACAAGUCUUCAAAGUCUUAUAAUAUUUCUGAUUAAAGUUUAACAUUAUAAA